UGCGAAGUCCGUUGCAUGUCUCCGGCUUCAUUCUACGGCUCAUCCUCCUCCUCCUCCUCCGACCACCGUCAUCUCUGAGCCGAUCCGUUGCGAGAACUCUAGUCUGACAAUGAAAUCAGCCACUGUCACGCGUUGAGGCGCUGGCUACACCCUCCUGUUUCGAUUGCUUCUCAGAUUCAGAUUGCUGCGAGGAGUAGCGGAUCUGAAUCAUGGCCGUGGUCGAUGUCGCCAUUGCUUGCCUCGAUUCCAUCAGUCAACUAUCAGAGCACAUCAAGGAUAGCGUGCUUUACCUCGAUGGAGGAUGCACCGAAAGCUUCCAGUAUCUUGGAGCCUUUCCAUCAUUACUUUCCCUGGGUGCACGUGCGAUUUGCAGCUUGGAGAACAUGUCUCCUCUCGAUCUGGUUGUUGACUGGAACUCAAAGUUGGGACCUAGUAGGAACAUUGUAGUCAUGACAUCUCGUCUACUGAGUGAUGCACAUCGGUAUAUCUUACGAUGCUUGAGCUCGCACCGAGCUGUUCGCCAUUGUACUAUAUUUACAUCUAUCUCGGAGAUUGCCCAUUCAGCAUAUCCCGAUUCACCUUUAGGACCCGAUGCAUUUCAUGAAUAUGAGAUGUUGCUUGUUCAGGAUUUCGAAGAGCUUAUCAAGAAAAGGCGAUCAAAACCUGGGGAGUCGAGAGACAACAACUUUCCCGAAACUAAGCCAGUAGAGUAUGAAGGAUGGUUGCAAUUCACUUCCAACGACGAAGACAUCCCUGAUCUGGAAGUUACUUCUAGCGGAAAAAAAUUGUUUGAAGAUAACUUUGCUAGUCAUACCGAUGAUGUACGGCAAAAUUUGGUCGUUUCUGUGCAUCACUUCCCUUUGAUAUUGUGUCCUCUUUCACCAAGAGCCUUUGUGUUACCUUCAGAGGGAUCUGUUGCUGAAGCAUGCUUAUCACUCGAGCAUGAGGAUUCCCUGAGCCAGGGUUUGCCUCCUUUGAGUUCCAGGAUGCCCUCUGAUGGUGAUGAUGCUCCUCCAGGGGCAACUCUAACUGCGCAUUUUCUUUACCAAUUGGCUGCCAAGAUGGAUUUGAAGAUGGAAAUCUUUUCCUUGGGUAGUUCUUCAAAAAUGGUUGGGAAAAUUUUGACAGACAUGUCAAGUCUAUAUGACGUAGGUCGUCGGAAAAGAUCAGCGGGGCUAUUACUUAUUGACCGAACCCUUGAUCUUCUUACUCCUUGCUGUCACGGGGACUCACUUGUUGAUAGAAUAGUUUCAUGUUUGCCUCGAAGAGAGAGAACAGCAGCGACUGCCCCAGCAAAAGGUUCGCAAAUUCCGCUCAAACAGGUCAUGGGAAACCUUCAGCGAGCUCCUCUCGACGUUCAGAUCCCACUUGGUGAAGUUCUAAGUGGAGAGGAUGACAAAGUAAAUGAUAAUCGACUUCUCAAAGGGAUUGAUUCUUUUCUGCGGGGGUGGAAUUCUGAUCGUUUUGAUUCGAAAAAUGUUGGUUCAGUAAAUGGGAAUUCCAACAUUCAGAAUCGAGAGUCCAUUUCUUCUCAGAUGGAACUACUUAAAGGCUCCAUUGUCGCUACUGAGAGCCUUCGUGGAACACCGUAUCUAGAAGCACUUCUAGAUAGAAGAACUAAAGAUGGGGCAGUUCUAGUUAAGAAGUGGCUCCAAGAAGCUCUACGUCGUGAAAAUAUCAAUGUAAAUGUGAAGAUUCGACCGGGUUUUGCUUCAAGAUCGGAGUUGCUCCUUAUGAUAAAAGCUCUUGCCAAAAGCCAGUCCUCACUAGUUAGGAACAAGGCACUCAUUCAGUUUUCGGCAGCUACAGUAAUUGCUCUGGAUGAAUCAAAUAGUGCCAGGUGGGAUGCCCUUAUAAGUGCUGAGAAAAUACUGAAUGCAAGUGCUGGAGACACAAGCCAGAGUCUUGCCAUUCAAAUUGAUGAUCUUAUCAAUAAAAGUGCAUUUUUGGGUUCGAAAGGGCAGAAAAUUGGAACUAAAGAGAAGUCCCAAUGUCCUUUCUCUCUCCGAGAUGCAUUGCUCCUUACUGUUGUAGGAUAUAUAUUGGCUGGUGAGAACUUUCCUACAUCGGGCCUAAGUGGCCCUUUCUCCUGGCAAGAGGAGCGUCUAUUAAAAGAAGCAAUUAUCGAUGCGGUUCUUGAAAACCCUGAUGUUGCAGAACUGAAAUUCCUCUACAGUCUGAAGGGAGAACUUGAGGCCAACAGAAAGAGGAUUAGCUCGGACGAAGACAAAGACAAGUCUGCUAAGGAACCUGAUAUUGAUGACUUUGAUGAUGAUCAGUGGGGUAGCUGGGGAGAUGAAGAUGCCGAUCAAAGUAAGGAUCAAUCUUACGGUGAUAUGCAGCUGAAGUUGGAGUUGCGUGACAGAGUUGACGCUCUGUUCAAGUUACUUCACAAGCUAUCUAGUUUGAAGAGUAGGAAUAAUCCAUUUGGAGAAGGCACAUACUCACUUGAAAGUGGCUUUGGUAUUGAUCCCAGCUCAACUAAGGGCUUUCUAUAUAAGCUCAUUACGAGGAUCUUGAGCAAGUCUGAUGUGCCCGGGUUGGAGUAUCAUUCCUCGGCUGUGGGUCGACUGUUUAAAAGCGGUUUUGGAAGAUUCGGCCUCGGGCAGGCAAAGCCGAGCCUCGCCGACCAAAAUGUGAUUCUGGUGUUUGUCAUCGGGGGCAUCAACUGUGUCGAGGUACGUGAGGUUCAGGAGGCGGUCUCGGAGAGUGGAAUGCCCGAUAUGGAAUUGCUUCUCGGGGGAACAACUCUUCUUACUCCAAGUGACAUGCUUGAGUUACUAUUAGGACAGUAUAGUUACAUCUGAUUCCUUGUACUUUGUAAUCCCUUCUGUACAUCUUCCUUUUCGAUAAUAGAUUUUCUUUUUUCUCCCGAAGAAUACAAAAAUAAUUAUGGUGCGUUUGGUUUCAGAAUUAAAGUAAUUUUGAUUUUGAUUGUGGAAAAAGACAAA